AACACCAUGAGGUCUUUAUGAUUAUCCCACAAUCCUAUUCUUCUAUACAUUUCAUAUAUUAUAUUUGUCGGAGUAACUUCCGUAGGGAAUCCAUUAUUAUCCAUGAUGCAAGCCUGCCUUUCCUUUUUCGUAUGGCCCGCUCUUUGGCCGGGGAGCUUUGUAUAGCUCCUUCCCAACUUUUUGGCAGCUCACGACAACCACAGUGAACGAUAAUCUGCUCAAAGGAAGCCAAGUGCUCUCUUCUUCUCUCUGGACUACGAAGUCACCCUUUCUCUUCUUCUUCUUCUUCUUCUUCUUCUACAUUCUAACCACAAUUCUCUUUAAAAUGUGCCUGGCCUCGAAUGAGACAGCACGAGAUGUACUUUACGGAGCAGUCAUCACUCAUUGUGCGGUCCCCGGCACCGUGGCCCUCACCUUCGAUGACGGACCAGGCAUCUAUACUCCGCAGCUUCUCGACCUCCUCAGCGAGUACAGCGCGCGCUCCACCUUCUUCGUCAAUGGCUACCAACUCUCCAGCCACCACGACAUCCUGGUCCGGACCCUGAACGAGGGACACCAGAUUGGUUCUCACACGUACGAUCACGCUCGUCUGUCCGCUUUAUCAUACGGCGAGGUCGUCGAGCAAAUGCGCCGGCUGGAGGCAGCAUUAUACGACAUUCUCGGCGUGGUUCCGACGUACAUGAGACCGCCCUAUCUUGCCAUCAAUGGAGAAGUCCUCGCCGCGAUGGGCGACCUGGGAUACCAUGUAAUCAGCACAAGCGUGGAUACCAAGGACUAUGAGCACGACCAUCCAGACUUGAUCCCGAGGAGCUUCACGAGAUUCCUGGAAGCUUUGAAUGCCGGGGGUUCGGUGGUGUUAGCCCACGACACCCAUGAGCAGACCGUGGCAACGUUGACCCGAGCGAUGCUGGAUGAGAUUGUGGCCAGGGGGCUCAUUCCUGUCCCGGUGGGAGAAUGCUUGGGAGACUCGGAGUAUAAUUGGUAUCGUUAAUGCCACGAGCAGAUCAAGGCAGUUUGUGGACGCCCAUUUGGC